CCAGCUUGCUAUAGCUCCAGCUUCCCCUCUUCCCCGUCCUCUCCAUCUCCCUCAGUUUCACUCCUAUUUCUCCCCUAUCCUCUCCUCUUUUCCUCUCCCAGAGUUUAGGCAUCCUGCAUAAUGACAGGCCGCAAGCCCCGCCGUCCAAACAACAAUCACAACCACCGUCGUCAUCCCAGCCAAGGCAUCGCCCAACCCUCCGACUACGACUCCGACUUUCACAACUACCUCUCUGAUGCCCAGCAACUUCAAGAUCCCCAAGAACCGUCUAUGCCUCCUCCGCUCCGCUCCAACGAGGAGCUCAACCUCUCCGUCCUGCGCCGCCAUAACCCCUCCAUCACCAAUAUUCUCUCUCUCGCCCAAUACGCCGUCGUCUACAUCUUCAGCCCCAGCUCCCGACAAUGGGAAAAGAACGGCAUUGAAGGCUCCUUAUUCGUCUGUCAACUCACUCAAGGCCCCCUAGGCGAGGAGCGGUACAGUGUCUUUGUCCUCAACCGACGAGGUUUAAACAACUUCGAUCUCCUCCUCUCUGACGGCGAGAACGUCGAAAUCACCGAAGACUACAUCAUCCUGAAAUCGGACUACAGCCCAGAGAUGGAAGGAGUAGGAGCAAACAACAGCAAUGGUAUCAAUGGCGCGAACGGAUCCACCAAGCCAGGUGCUAAUAACGGCACUAAUGUCCGCAUCUACGGUCUCUGGAUCUACUCGGAGCCUCCGCCUAACUCAACCGCUGAGACGCGCACCAUCAACGCCCAGAUGAUUCGUGAAUGCGCAACCCACGCCGGACAGAGUAUGAAGCUCGCGCGCGAGCGAUUUGAAGCGGCGCAGCAGAACGGUCUGCAUGUCGCUGCUGCUGUGGCGUCGGCGACCGCGCCUCCGCUGGAAGAGGUGCAGUCAAGCGUACCAAUGGGUCGGCAGAUCUCGCUCAAGGAUCUCUUUGGACAACAACGGACGCAGGAUGAUGAGUGGAGUGUCCGUGCACAUCAGUUUGCGCCGAACGAGUGGCAGCAGCAGCAGCAGCAGCAGCAGCAGCAGCACCCGCCGGCUGCGGCGAUGCCUGGCGUAGGCGCAAAUCCGAAUCCUCCGCAGCAGGAUGUUCUUGGAGAUCUGUUCCGGAGGGCUGGACUAGCGUAUCAGGGGGAUCAAUAGCGCGACGCUACUUGCCGCUGUCUUUUGUUUCGCCUUCCAGAUGUUAGACACGUUAGAUACCCAUAAUUCAUCCUUCGCUUAGUUGACAGUAUGAUAGCA